GUGCCGCCCGUGCGCUGAGGCCGGGUGAGUCCGAGCGCACAGCCGCAGCGGAACGGAGGUGGAGGAGAUGGCGUCCCAGCCGCCGCCUCCCCCCAAACCCUGGGAGACUCGACGAAUUCCUGGGGCUGGGCCGGGACCGGGACCCGGCCCUGCUUUUCAAUCUGCUGAUUUGGGUCCUACUUUAUUGGCAAGACCUGGACAACCAGCACUCACCAGAGUGCCCCCACCUGUUCUUCCAAGGCCAUCACAGCAGACAGGAAGUAGUGUGAACACUUUCAGACCAGCUUACAGCUCAUUUUCUUCAGGAUAUGGUGCCUAUGGAAAUUCAUUUUAUGGAAGCUAUAGCCCUUAUAGUUAUGGAUAUAAUGGGUUAAACUAUAAUCGCCUCCGUGUAGAUGAUCUUCCGCCUAGUAGAUUUGUUCAGCAAGCUGAAGAAAGCAGCAGAGGUGCAUUUCAGUCCAUUGAAAGUAUUGUGCAUGCAUUUGCCUCUGUCAGUAUGAUGAUGGAUGCUACCUUUUCAGCUGUGUAUAAUAGUUUUAGGGCUGUAUUGGAUGUAGCGAAUCAUUUUUCCCGAUUAAAAAUACACUUCACCAAGGUUUUUUCAGCUUUUGCAUUAGUUAGGACUAUAAGGUAUCUUUACAGACGGUUACAGUGGAUGCUAGGUUUAAGAAGAGGCUCUGAGAAUGAGGACCUGUGGGCAGAAAGUGAAGGAACUGUGGCUAUCCUUGGUGCCGAGGACAGAGCAGCUAACUCAGCAAAAUCUUGGCCAAUAUUCUUGUUCUUUGCUGUUAUCCUUGGUGGUCCUUACCUCAUCUGGAAACUGCUCUCUACCAACAGUGAUGAAAUAACAGACAAUACCAACUGGGCAAGUGGUGAGGAUGACCAUGUAGUUGCUAGAGCAGAAUAUGAUUUUGCUGCUGUAUCUGAAGAAGAAAUUUCUUUCCGUGCUGGCGAUAUGCUGAACUUAGCCCUCAAAGAACAGCAACCCAGAGUGCGUGGUUGGCUUCUGGCUAGUCUUGAUGGUCAAACAACAGGACUUGUACCUGCUAAUUAUGUCAAAAUUCUUGGUAAAAGAAGAGGUAGAAAAACACUGGAAUCCAGUAAAAUUUCCAUGCAGCAACAAUCUUUGACCAAUACAACACUAAUUAAAGGAGCCACAGCCGCUGAUUCUUUGGAUGAACAGGAAGCUGCCUUUGAAUCUGUCUUUGUUGAAACUAGUAAGGUUCCAGUUGCACCUGAUUCCACUGGGAAAAGUAGAGAUAAACAAGAUCUUUGAUAUCUUUCAUGUUUGCCUGCAGUUGAACUGUAGAGUACUUUUUAAAAAUUACUUCUUACAGAGGAAUUAUUCUACAGUCCUGUGAACACAUUUAUUAAUUGCUAUUCCAGGUGUUUUGCUGCUAGAAAUUGUUAAAGUUGUACACUAGUAUGUUGAUCUAGCGACCUGGUUACAUUUUACAAGUGAUCGGACCACAAGGAUGUUUGUUUCACUUAGAUUUUAAGAUUAUGGAAACUGGUAUCAUUUUCAUCUUAUUUAAAACCCUAUGCUUAUUAAAGGAGUAAGAGUGAUGAAACUACAGAAUAUACUGUUUGCUAAGUAGACAUUAAUGCUUUUAAAAAUUCUACAUUAGUUACAUUGGAAUCCUCAAAUUGAGUGCUAACAUGUGAGAACAGGAAAAAAGGCUAAUUUUUUUUACAACUUAUAUUGAAUAAUAAAAAUUUUUUGGAUCUGUAUUACAUUCAGUCUUGGUUGUUUUAGGCACUAAUGUUUUUGCCCACUAAUAGUUGGUACCAUCAUCUUUUACUGUAUUUUUAAAAAUAUCUUGAAAAGGUUGCUGGAAGCAUUUUGAGGGAGAUGUUUCUAGAGUGAUAUUUAGCCCUCAUAGUUUUUUCCCUGCUAAUAAAAAGGCUGACACUUAUCUUUCUUACAGAUUAUUUCAUUUCUUCUGAGGAUCUUCUGAACUUUUUUUUUCCUUUGGGAUAUGACUAGUUUUCAUCCUGUAUGAAACGGGAUAUAGGAAAGAUUUACUUUCUUUUCCUCCUACGAGGACUUAAGUCCUUUGAGUUUGUGUUUAAUGAUAUAAUCAGUUCUAGCAGUAAUGAUUUAAAAUCUUUUCAUAGAUCUUCUGCUUCUAAUUUUCAGAAGUCCAUAUUCAGGCUAUUCAUUGAAAAUAUACAUUUUUUAGGAUUAGUUUUCAGGAUUAGUUUAACCUGAAUUGCCAUUUAGCAUAUGAUAAUGCUAUGUGACUUGUUUUUUGUUUAAUAAUGACUUUAAAUGCAGUUAAAUUUCAGUACACUGAAUAUUUCCACAAAAAAAUUGGAAAAUUUGUAUACUUGCUGUGAUCAUACUGCAAAGCAGUACUGUUAGGAGUACAGAUGUACAAGAAUAUAUUCACAGGUAUUGCUGAAAACUUGCAAUUUUUAUAGAGAUUUUGAUUUAGUAUUUGUAUCUUUCUUUUUAUAGACUUUAUGUUAACCAAAUAAGUAAUUCUAGAACAGCUCCAGCUAAAACAUAUAGGAACCAAAUAUGUACUCAGCAUAGAACUUUACUAAAAGCUUCUUGGGAACCUCUCUUUUGAAAUGACAGUAUAAUGAGUAACAUUUAAAAUGCAAAUGUUGACCCUAUGCAGAAAAAAGUAAAAAUAUAGCAAAAUUUACAUAUCUUAAAGUCUGUUUUCUAACAUCCAGGUAUUAGUUAACCUUCAAGUUGAGAUAAAGUUUCUUGUAUAUUAUCUUCCAUUUUUGUUCUGCAAUUAGAGGUUCUGCUUUGUUUUGUUGUAGAGUAAUCUAUAGAAAUUUUGUUCUUGAAACAAAUUUUUAAAUUUGGUGUUGAGACAUCUGAAUUGAAUGCUAAGUCAAGUGUACAGGUGAAAUGUUGAGUCAGUGCUAUUUAAGUUAGAAAAGGUAAGUCUUUACAUUACAAUUUGUGACUGAUAUUAAAGAUGUAUAGGGAGAAGAGUAUAGCACAGAAUGAAAAGAAUAAUUUCACUUAGGCUGUUUUGGUUUCUUUUUGUUUUUGUUUUUGUUUUUCAGUUAAGUAUGCUGAAUUGCAAUAUAUAUUAUCUGGUAACUAUGGGUCUGGAAAUUCCUUUGCUAUUAAAAUUCUGGAAAAGGAAUUUAGGAUUAGAAUAAGAGGAGUUUUAUAAUCUUUUUUAUUAUGACAAUUUUGCUAUACUUUUUUAGAUGACAUGAAAUGUAAUGUUCAAGGCUUCAAUAUUGUUAUUUUUAGGAACUUAAGAAGUACUACUUUACAGAAAUUACUAACUUAAACCAAAACAUUUUCAAAUAAAAUAAUAAAUCACAAGUUACAAUAAGAAAACAGGUUUUAUUUACUAAUUUUUUCUGAUUUUAUUUUGUCAGUUUAGAAAGGAAAAAGAGGACUGUAAAUUUUCAUGUUUUAACAUUUUAUUUAUAUGGAUAUACUUGAUUUAGUCUGUCAGUGUAUCAUAAUUAUACAUUUACUUGAA